AUGUUGGUUGGCGUUUAUGAAUGGAGGGACCGAAAGAGAUUUAUCUGUCUGUUGGGACAUUUUUCUGAUGUUCAGUUAUGGCUUCUGCUGCUGAAGAGUGAAGACGAUGAUAAUUCGUCGGCAAGCAUUUCAGAAGCCAACGUCGAGACCCCAUUACUAUGGUAUCAUGAAACUGUGGAAGGAUAUGUGGAUCACAGAGGCCGACCCGCAAGCCGAUCCGAAUCCGGUGGAUGGGGCUCAGCUUCCUUCAUCAUCGCUGAGAGAUUUGCAUUUUAUGGCAUAAAUGCGAAUUUGAUUACUUACUUGACCGGCCCACUUGGCCAAUCCACCUCCACGGCGGCGGAAAACGUGAACCGGUGGUAUGGGAGGGCUCUGCUUCUGACGUUGUUGGGUGCUUUUGUUGCGGAUUCCUUUCUCGGCCGUUACCGCACCAUUAUUGUUGCUUCUGUUCUCUACAUUUUGGUACGCUGUAUUUUUACUCUGUGCUUUUAG